AUGGCCUCAAGAGCUCCCGCAGGCCGACCCGGCGCAGGCGGCAGGUUUGCCCAAUUCAAGCUCGUACUUCUCGGCGAAUCUGCCGUGGGCAAGAGCUCAUUAGUUCUUCGCUUCGUCAAAGAUCAAUUCGACGACUACCGCGAGUCCACCAUCGGCGCCGCCUUUUUGACCCAGACGAUAUCUCUCGACGAGAAUACGACGAUUAAGUUUGAGAUAUGGGACACUGCUGGCCAAGAGAGGUACAAGUCGCUGGCGCCGAUGUACUACCGGAAUGCCAAUUGCGCUGUUGUCGUUUACGAUAUCACCCAGGCCUCAUCACUGGACAAGGCAAAAUCAUGGGUGAAGGAGUUGCAGAGACAGGCAAAUGAAAACAUCGUUAUUGCGCUGGCCGGAAACAAGUUGGACAUUGUCAACGAACAUCCCGAUAAACGUGCCAUCCAGACCGCCGACGCCGAAGCAUACGCCAAAGAAGCCGGCCUUCUCUUCUUCGAGACCUCGGCCAAAACGGCAACCAACGUUAGCGAACUCUUUGCUGCCAUUGCCAAAAAGCUCCCCCUCGACCAGGCCGGACCUCGAAACCUGAGAUCAAACCCUCGACCAGGAGUAGAUCUACGACCGGAGUCGACCGGCACCCAAGGAGCCGGAGGCUGCCAAUGUUGA